AGUCCUCCUCAUGUAUAUAUAUAUAUAGUCCUCCUCAUGUAUAUAUAGGGGCCCCCGGUGUUGUUUGGCCCCCGCAGUAUCUGAUGGAUGGCUCCUGUUUCCCAGACUUGCUUUAGCUGCCUGUGUCACAUUCAUCAAUCACAGGCAACUUAAAACAAGCCAAGAACCCAAGAGGGAGAAGACAUAGAGCUGCACUGCAGGGAACGGAUGAACAUGGAGCAACUAGCAUGUCAGUGGUGUCAUCACUGCUGGCAGCAAAUACAAAGCUUUAUAUCCAGUCGUCAGGACUCCAAGUGAACUAUAAUGACCAGCCAGCCAAUGGAGACCUUGGGUCAGUGGAAAGUUACCGUAUGGGAGGAAGAAAACUUCCAAGGCAAGAGAUGUGAAUUCCUCAUUGAAUGCCCCAACAUUAUGGAGCGAGGAUUCCGCAAGAUCCGUUCCAUCAAAGUGGAAAACGGCCCAUGGAUCGGGUUCGAGUACCCAGAAUUCCAGGGGCAGCAGUUCAUCCUGGAGAAGGGCGACUACCCCCGCUUUGAGGCAUGGAGCGGAAACAGCGGCUACAGAACCGAACACCUUCUGUCCUUCCGACCUGUGAAAUGCGCAAAUCACAGCGACAGUAAAGUGACUUUAUAUGAAGGUGAGAACUUCCAGGGCCGCAAGUUUGAGCUUUGCGAUGACUACCCCUCCCUGCAGGCCAUGGGAUGGUGCUCCAAAGAGGUGGCGUCUGUCAAGGUGAACUCUGGAGCGUGGGUAGCAUACCAGUUCCCCGGGUACAGAGGUUACCAGUACGUGCUGGAGAGAGACAGACACAAUGGCGAAUACAAGAACUACAAUGAAUACAGCACUCAGGCUCACACUAACCAGAUCCAGUCCAUCCGUAGGAUCCAGCACUAAGAACAAUACCCCCGGGGCAGACCCCCAACCCCAUCCAGAUCCCCAUCCCGGCCGUGGAGUGCUCCCACAGUCACG